CUUCUAAGUACUCGAACCCGAUUCGUCCCAGCUGGUGCGGCCUGGCCGCGGUGCAGUGGACCCUCAACCUUAGCCUUAACCUUCUCUAUCAAAUAUAGCGGCAGCGAUUUUCAUGCAUUAUCAUUCCUUCUCGACUUCUUGGUUUAGUUGAUGUUACUUAAGAGGAUAGACGUAGUUUUUCCUCACCCAUUUCCCGUGCAUGAAGAUAAGGUAUUUAUUUUGACCACGUGGCAUUGAGUUGCGCACUCUGGAUGGAUCGAGCUUGAGCUUGUUUCAAUAAAGUUGUAAAGCGACUUUUAUUUUUUACCUUUACGUCGCCCACUAGCGCUAACUUGAAGUUGAAACACAAUGAGCAAGAAAUACUUCGAGAAGCUUGCUCGUGGUUCUGCCACGAGCAGCAAGGAGUUUAAGUCCGAUUUCGGUCUGAAGAUUCUGAAGAAGUUUGGCUGGGACGAAGGCAAAGGCUUAGGUGCCAAUCUAGACGGUAGACAAGACUGUAUCCAGAUUUCUCGUCGGGAAGAACGUGUUGGUCUGGGUGGUGAGAAGAGCAGCGAAGCAACUGAUGAGAAACAAUGGGACAACUGGUGGAGUAGCGCCUACAAUUCCGUCGCCCAAAAAGUGCUGGCUGGGUACUACUUUUUCUUAUUCAAAAUCUUCAACAUGCAUUGAACUAGUAAGUUCAACUGGUUGGUACGACUACGAAGAUUUUGAACUUGAAGCUUGUUUUUUGUUGUUGUUGUUGUCCUACUAAAUUCUCUAAGACGCAACGCUACAAUUAUGGAAUUGGAAACCAUUUUAGUACCCGUACAUAUUUACUCGCCACUUGCACUUACACGGUAGGUCAACGUCAGCGGAUGGUCAAACAGCGAAAAAGAAAGAAGAAGAAUCAGAAGAUGCUUCCUCGUCCGACGAUGAGACUGGAGCUGAUGGAAAACCACGAGGCGCUAGUGCGAUAAAGGGCGCUCGUGUAAUGCGCGGCAAGCUAGCACGAGUAUGUCGUCUCGAGCAGACUGGUGCAGCGGCAGUCACGAGAGACGCGUCUUCGAAGAAAGAGCUUCCCGGAUGGCUCACGGCGAUUCGCAACUUCCGGGCCACGCAGUCAAGCAAGAUAGCAAGCCUAGUUGCGUCUGUCGCAGGCACUACGACUAACAAGCCCUCAGCCGCGAAGAAAACCGUGAGUGCUUGUUCCUCAAGGGCAGAGGCGCAAACUACUUCUCAAGCAGAGGGAACGGCUGGAAAAAAGAGUAACAAACGCUCAAAAGCGACCGCUGAUUCAGCAGCUCCGCCAGCACCUGUCACCGAUGCCGAGUCAUCAAAAGUUGAGUCUGCCAAAAAGAAGAAGAAGAAGAAGCAGAAAUCCUCGUCGUGAUGUACAUAUCGCAGCGGCUGUAAAUUGUGACUGUAGGUGUUGACCCUGUAUCCUUGCAUCUACUAAAGCUUGUUCCCCCAUCCUCUUUUUUCAGUGUGAUAGAAUGGAGGGCAAGCAGAUGAUGAUGAUGAUGAUUUGACGAGAUGAACAAUUUACUAAUUUGAAUUUCAUUUAUGACUUCUACAAUCUCACUCACUCCAUACAACAACUUUUACCUUCGCGCGGCGGCAUAUCAUGCAAUUUCCCAUGAGUUUGGCGCGACGUGCCAGCAUUUGAUUCAGACACUGUUUCCUCCUGCUCAUAAAAAUGAGAACGAGAUGAAGCUGAACGCAAAGAAAACCAUGACACACACUAGGAUUGUCGUAGUUCGUUGUGUUAGUCUCCGCUGAGUUGAUGCAACGUCCAAUUGUACUUCCGAUCAAGCGUAGGCAUUGACCAUUUUGCCGUCUGUUGAGGAUGAAGAUGAUUCGUCGGUUUUACAAUUUUUCUAUUGAACAUAUCCAUACCUAGUAUGGGUGAGCUGUAAAUUUCUGCUUAUAUAUUUGGUUUAAUCGAAUAAAUCGGCCCACGUGCUGGUUGAUGCUUCAUUACAAAAAUGGAAAUUCUUCAUAAAUUCAAUACCUGAUGAAGAGUUUUGGUUCACCUGUCGUGGUAAAUCUUUAUCACGGUCCGCAUUUUUUUGACUCUACGAUAGAUACCGCGCAAAGGACACGGGCAGGAGGUGUGUCCUCCUGCUAGUAGUACUACUUACAAAUUGAUGCUGCAUAACCAAGUAGAGGGUCUGUCUCUGUGUCAGCAGAUGAAAUUGACCUCGUCUCAUCGGCCAUCAUGAAUGACCAUGGUAACAGAAAAUACCAAUACAGCAUAUAUCCUCUGGAGAGAUUGAGAAGAAAUGGACGCAAGAACACUGUUCCUUUUACUUCCAUUCAAUUCUUUGACCAUCCAAUUGCUGGCCAGAAAUCGCUUG